AUGCAAUUUAUAUGGAUUUUCCUUCUAAUAUCGGCGACAAGAUCAGUAAAUUUAGUUAGAGGACAAUCAUUUUUAUGGGCAGCACCUGAGAUACGGACUAUCCAAAUGCAUAAUGAAUCAACUCUUGAUAUUAGUUGGGAAUAUAUUGAUUCCUAUACGAAACCAUCUUCUGUACAAUUAUCUGUUAUCCUAUAUAAACUGAACUCAACUGACAUAUUUUGUAAUAAUUUUACCAUGGAUGGUAAAGAUCGUUUUAAUUUUACAUCGCUUAUGAUAGUGAACAACAAUUUUCUGAAUGCCAAUGGAUAUUAUGCUGUUGUUCUUGAAUACAAUGCAACUUAUAAGUAUGGAAUAAAUGAAUCAACAUGGAUGUCGGGAAUCAGUGACUUUCAAUUGUUCAAAACGGCAGGAACACCGGUAAUUCGUGAAGAUUCUUUUCUUGAUAUUAGAUCAAAUUUAGUUAUUGUUUCAAUGAUGUGGCCAAGAGAAAUUCCUAUUUUUAAACUUGAUAUGUAUGUAAAACUGAAUAAUCGAGAUACAACAUUACCAAUAGAAACUGUAUCAAAUGGAACUUAUUUAAUAAGUAAAUAUCGUUUUGACAAUUUAUUACCAGAUACAGACUAUAAUCUAACUACAAAUUUUACACGAAAAUACCUUCCAAAUGUUUUGCAUUCAUCAACUGAAGGUAGAGGAAUCAUUAGAACUUUAAAAUAUUGA